AUGGCUUCGACCACCCCACAGACAGGAAGCACUCGCAGACGACCCAUUUCGCGCCCAACGACCCCCCUGCGACCCUCAUCUCGGUCCUCGUUGCGUGAAUCUGGGAAAGCCAGCGCUGGAGGGGGAUCCUAUGCGCCCCUGGAAGCCUUUGAGCCGUCGUUCGCGGAGCUUUCAGAUUCCAUGGCCGAUUUGGAACUAAACUUCAUGAAUUUGCAGGUUCUCAACGACAGCCUGUCGCGCUUUUCCGAGAACUUUGCCAGUUUCUUGUACGGCUUGAAUAUGAACGCUUUUACAACUGAUUUCCCUGAAGCCCCAAUAUCGGACUCCUUUCGCAGAGCAAGGGAACAAGAGGAUCAACUAGGUAGGCCGUUGCCGUAUCUCGCUAGCUUUCAUUCACAGUACGUAGGACGCUCGACAGGAUCCCGCGGUGAUUAUGAAAUCAUGGACGGAGAAACGACGUUCCUGACCACGGACACGUCCUUCAUCGAUAAUCCACCGACAUCCUCUAAAGCGACGUCGAAAGUCUCCAUACCCGCUCCAGCUUCGAAGAUCGGCGGCGCAGGCCGAGGGGGACCUGCAGGAAGAGGUGGGGCAGUUCGUGGUGGGCUCAGAGGAACGCGGGGCAGCGGUCUGGCGAGAGCUGCAAAGGGUCGCAGUGUGAAAUAG